AUGAAUAUGGAAGUGCAUGCUAUAAUCAGGGUGGAGAUGGAAUCAGCCUCAAAUGUCCUGGAGCAUAUAGUACUUGACCGAAGCGCGGAGCCGACUAAUCUGCCGUUAGCACUUUUAAAACACAUCACUGAGGAUUUCAAUGAUAAGCAACAAAUUGGCUGUGGUGGAUUUGGAAUUGUUUACAAGGGCGAUCUUCAAAACAGUAGUGUUGCUGUUAAAAGGAUUUUAAACUACCAUACAAUCAACGAUGAAUCAUUUAAUCGUGAGACUACUUCUCUAAUCAGUGUACAACACAAAAAUAUUGUACGGUUUCUAGGCUACUGUGCUAAUACAGAGAAUAAAGCGAUGAAACAUUCAGAAUCGGGAGAACCUUCGAAGUAUAUUUUUGCCGAGAUGAGGGAAAGGUUACUCUAUUUCGAGUAUAUAAAAAAUGGAAGCCUUGACAGAUAUCUUACUGACGAACUAAGGGGACUUGAAUGGCAUACGCGCUACCAGAUAAUUCGAGGAAUAUGUGAUGGUUUGGUUUAUCUUCACACAGAAAAGGGUAUUGUUCAUAGGGACAUGAAACCUGAGAAUAUACUGCUUGAUGAUCUUAUGAUACCAAAAAUUACAGAUUUUGGUAUUAUCAAAACUCCUUGA